CGCGGAUCGUCCUUUUUAACUUAACGACACGAGACGCGAUCUUCAAGAGGCGUCAUGGGGCUGCGCGCGGGCUGGGAGUCGGCUGUCGACUCGGCGAGCGGCAACACGUACUACUUUAACCGAAGCUCGGGCGAGACGUCAUGGACACCGCCGCCACCGAUCGCGCACUCGACCGAGUCGGCGGCGAUUUUGAUCCAAAAGAUCUACCGGGCCAAGCAAGCGCGCGCUCGGCUCCAGACCAUGAUGCACAGUAUUUACCAGCGCAUCUUUGAUCCAACCACGCAGGCGUACUUUUACCACAAUGUCAAGACGGGCGAGACCUCCUGGAUGACGCCGCGGGGGCUCAAGAUCAAACCUAAAACAUCGCCGAACGAAGGGAGUAGUUCGGAGGAGCCCGAGAGCCCGCUACCGCCUGGUUGGUCCGAGGCCUUUGACAACGCGACCCAGCACACCUAUUACGUCAACGAGGCGACCAAAGAGACGUCGUGGACACGCCCGCAGGCGAGUCCGAGCUGGAAACCCUUUGUGAUGGACGAAGAUGAAGCAGCAACACUUUUGCAAGCAGCGUGGCGAGGGCGGCGUGACCGAGACCGCGUGCGGCAGGAGCUGCUGGAGCGCUUCGUGCCUGUGAUCGACCCAACGACAGGCGCGACGACGUACUUGGACAAGCAGACAAAGCUUUCUCUCGCUGCGCGGCCAAACUUCCCUCAGACACCGAGCAACCGAGCGAUACUGGCAGCUCCGACCACCGCGAUGCCAAAGGAAGAAAUGUACGGCAGUGAGAGCAGUCGACGCUCCUUCCGCAUUGGCCAGCGCACGUACCCUCGCUCCAAAGGCCAGCUCAUUGUCGAUGCUGCCGAAGACCUGGAGCUAGAAGACAUACCUGUGACCGAGCUCGACAUGAGCCGUCUCCAGGCGAUCAAGCUCACGAGUCGUAUAUGGAAUCUCGAUAAUUUGCAGCGCCUCCUCCUGCACGAAAACCGACUUACGCGCAUUCCGUCGGGCAUUCAAGACCUCACCAAACUGGUCUACUUGAAUGUGAGCCACAACGCAUUGGCGACGCUGCCAUCGGGGCUUCAGACGACAAAGACGCUGCAGCACCUCGACGCGUCACACAACGUCAUAGCCACCUUCUCACCGCGCCUUUGGAAGCUCGGCAACCUCACGCACUUGGAUCUGAGCCACAACAAGCUGGUGGAGCUACCGUAUGUUGAAGGCGAUCUCAAACUCCUCAAAGAAACGGGAGCAUGGGGCGUCGGCAUCGGGCUUCUCUCCAAGCUGCACACGCUCAAAUUGCAGCACAACCUCCUUCGAGCGUGGCCAUCAAUGCUUGAGAGCUGCAUGGCAUUGCGUACGCUGGACUUGAGCGAGAACGCCCUCACGGAGCUCAGCGCUGACGUGGGUAAUUUGAGUCAACUAGAGUCGCUCGUCCUCCACCACAAUCAGCUAAGCCGACUGCCCGACACACUUGGUCUUCUCGGUGAGCUGCAAAUGCUGGAUGUGUCGCACAACCUUCUGAACGACGUGCCAGCAAGUAUUGCUGAUUGCACGCAACUUUCGAUCUUGAACUUGACCCACAACGCCCUCGCGUCGCUUCCAGAGGCAACCAAGGCGCUCGUUACCUUGACACGCUUGCUCCUCUCGGAAAACCCUUUUGUGGCAUUUCCAAAUCACUUUGCUGACAUGCUUGCGCUCACGACACUUACCAUGGCCUCGUGCAAUAUCCCAGCAUUGCCCGAAGGCUUUUGGACGUUUGCCAAGACGCAGCUACCGAGUCUCUCGAGCGUCGAUCUCUCGCACAACAGCAUUCAAUUUCUGCCGACAAAGGGCUUGACGCGCCUCCGAAGCGUUCUCACGACACUGCGCUUGAGCCACAAUGCAUUGGAGGCGCUUGAGCCCCUCGUGUGCACCUGCCAUCGCCUCACCGAGCUCUCACUGUCCCACAACGCGCUCUCGACGCUGCCCGAUGAAGUCGCUGGCUUGAAAGCACUUGAAAUCCUCGACGUGUCGUACAACCAGCUGCAGGCGCUGCCAGAGACAGUGACCAACCUCGCCAAGCUCAAGUCGCUUCGCGCCAACCACAACCAACUCCACGCGUUGCCAAAGCUCGUGGGUCGGUUGACACUACUCGAGUAUUUGGACGUGUCGCACAAUGCGCUGACGCACUUGCCGUCGACGGUGCACGAGCUUCGGCGGCUAAUGUACCUCUCGGCGGCGUCGAAUCAACUCGUGCUGCGCCCGCCAUACCUCCAGCACCACGUCGAGACGUUUGUGGACCUGAGCAACAACCCGUUCGAAACGAUCGACAGCGACUACCACGCGUACAUGACGGCCGUGUACAAGGCCAAGGCCGACGUCGACCGAGGCGAGUACGCGUCUGCGCACGCGCUCUUCUCCGAGCUGCUCUACGACACCAAGUUGCGGCCGUACGAUCUGUUGCCUCCGACGCACCAGCACAUUCGCACGGUUGCAGUCUUUUACCGAGGCAUCUGCCGCUACCAGCAGAUCAUGGCCGCACUGCGGGAGCUCGAGCGUGUGAGCCAAGAAGCCGCCGACGUCGCACGAGUGGUGCACGAAGAUACCCUGCUCCACAGCAUAAGUCGUCGCAUCGGUGAGAAGCCCCGCACUGUGCCGUUGCGAUCCCCCGACGCUGUCCGUGACGCGCAAGACCAGAUCGCCAAGCUCGUUGCGCAGAAAGGCCAGCUUCGCACCGACAUUGCCGUUUGGCGAGACGACGCGGUGCGCGACCUCAAGACGGCACUGCGCCUGCGUAUGGAGCCUCGCACGUCGAGCUACACGCUUGCGUUGCUCUACGCCAAGCUCGGCGAGUAUCCGAAUGCCGUCCAGAUGUGGACAACAGCGAUGAGCUACGUGCCGACAGCACGGAACGCAAUGACGGACGGCGACGACAGCGAGACAGUCACGGCGGCGCUCGUGCCUCUUCUCUUGCACCGGGCGCGCGCGUAUGCGGCCAUGGGUCAGAUCCCGCGGGCCCUCGUCGACUACCGGCGCAUCCUCGCUGUCUUUCCGGAUGACGCCGACGCCCAACUGGAGCUCUACGAGUGGAGCGAACACCACCGCAAAUUUCACGAGCCGUGUGGCGUCGACAGUGAUGAACUCCUUCGAGCGGUGGACGUCGACGUUGGCACGGGUAUCGGACGCCGGCGCCACGACCCCGCGGUCGCAGCGCUGCCCGCGCUCAACGAGAUCGACUCGGCUGCUGCGUUUCGCGAGGCGUGCCAGCGACUUCGCGACGCUGCAGCGACAGCCCAUGUGCAAACGAUUCAAGCCGAGAAGGCAGCCAAGGCAAGCCGCGACGCAGCGGUCACCCUCGUGCUCGAUCGGAAGCGCGAGAUUCGCGCCAACUUGGACAUGCAGAGCGAAGAGGUCGACCAGCGCAAGCGCGACGCUGCGAUAGCCCGUGCUUUGUACAUGCUUCAGCAGGAGCGCGCUCGGGAAGAAAAUGAGCGCACGUGGAUGGGCUACGAAGAGGACGUACAGCGCUGGACCGAGCGCGAGCAAGCCCGGUUGCUUCAGGAGGAGCUGGAUGCGCUCGAGGCAGCCAGGCGCAAGGCGGAAGAGAAGGCCGAGCUAAAGAAGCGGAUGGCCCGUCGUGGUGGCCUGCGCCAAGCGUCGUCGACCCGAGGAAAGAAGUAA